GCUCUAGUCCGCACCGCGUUCACAGUCCAAGUUGUCCUCGAGACACACGCUCACACACACACACACAGAAUCAGAGUGACCCAAAUCUGCCAUCGCUCGAAGCAAGGAUGAGAUCGCUCUACCUCCUCGGCCUGGUUCUCCCUCUCCUCCUGACUUGUAAAGGCGAGAUGGACCGGGAUAUGCCCGUCACCUGCGACCCCGGCAUUCACAUCGUUGGCGGAGACGUCAGCAAGUCCCACGGCGACAAUGUGAAAAGCGUGGCCACGUUCAACUGCCCAGAUGGCUUCUACCCCUCGCCCGUCAUCACCACCAAGUGUCAGCGCAGCGGCGAUUGGUGCUACACCUCCCGCUACAGACAGCCCAUCUGUAAAGAGUUUCGGUGCCCGCCGCCCGUGUUGGAGGAAGGCUUCUACUCCCCCGUCAACACAUCCUACGCCAUCGGAGAUGUCGUCACCUUGCAGUGCUACGAGGGGUACUCGCUCAGAGGCGCGGUCAGCAGAACAUGCAAGAUGAAUGGUCGCUGGACCGGGGCCAAUACUGUCUGUAACUCUGGAUCCCAUGAUUGUCCCCAUCCCGGGAUCCCAGCCGGAGGCUCGAAGACCGGGACCAACUACAAUAUCGGGUACAAGGUGCGAUACUAUUGCAACAACGGCCUGGUGCUGAUGGGGUCGAGCACCAGGGAGUGCGAGCGGCUGGGCGAGUGGAGCGGACGGAUGCCAACCUGCCAACAUAGGAGUUCCUUCGAUACUCCAGACGACGUGGCUGAGGCUUUCACUGCCUCCCUAACCAGCACCUUAGGGUUGACACGGACUGACAGCUCGAAAACGCCUGAAUCUCACUUACGGAAAAUCUAUGUCGGCAAAGACGCACAUCUAUACAUCUAUUUUCUGAUCGACGCCUCCAACAGUGUGGGGCAAGUAAACUUCGAUCAGGCCAUCAAUGUGGUGAAAAACCUCACCGACAAGAUCGCCAGUUUCGACAUCAACCCGCGGUUCGGGGUGAUCACCUACGCGUCGGGGCCAGAAGUCAUCGUCACCACCAACGAUGACAGAAGCAAGAAUGCGGCGUAUGUCAUGGAUGCGAUGAAUUCGGAACAGGCCAAAUACGGAGCUCACAAAGAUCGCAGAGGCACCAACAUCUACGCAGCACUGAGGAAGGUGCUGGAGUUGAUGUCCUUCUCCAAGGUCACGCACGGAGCGGAUUGGAAGAAAAUCAGAUUCGUCACUAUAUUAUUUACCGAUGGGAAAGCCAACAUGGGCGGCGAUCCGCAAAAAGCUGUGAUUCAGAUCGAGGACUUCGUGAACGCAGGUGGAAAAAGGGUAGAUUACCUGGACAUGUACGCGUUUGGCAUCACGCAGGGCGUGGAAUUGAUGGAUUUGAAUGGCCUUGCAUCAAAGAAACCCGACGAAACUCACGCCUUCCUGGUCAAGAGGACUGAUGAUUUGGUCGAUGCUUUCAACAAAUAUUAGAUGAGACCAAGAUCGGUGAUCUGUGUGGGGUUGGCGAUGAGGGAACGGGUGCAGAUUUUCGGAAGAAAUACCCAUGGCAUGUUAAUUUCAUUGUCCCGGAAUCUGGAAGUUGCAGCGGUUCGAUUGUGGCUCCCCAGUGGAUCUUGACUGCUGCUCAUUGCUUCACCAAACUGCUCGACAACAGUCGCAUCAGUAGCAUCUCUGUCACUAUCGAUAGAUAUCCGAAACCUAUAAAAGUGAAAGACCUGCUCCUGCACCCACGGUUCAACAUCGCGGCCAAAGUGGGCGAAGAUAUCCAGCAGUUCUACGACUAUGAUGUGGCCUUGCUCGAACUGGAGAGCAAGUUGGACUUUGAUGAUCGCAUCAGGCCAGUUUGCCUGCCCUGUACCCGCGCCACGACGCGCGCCUUGCGUAAAUCUCACCCCGUCACCCGAUGCAGCGUCCACGAGUCAGAGCUGCUGCCCAAUGACACAGCGCCCGCCGCGAGAUUCGUGAAACACGACCAGAAUACCAACACGGUCAAAGCCACAACGAUCCACAUCCAGACCCCCGAUGUGGUACGUACA